UAGUUACUAGAAUUGCAUUUGGAAUGACUAGUGCGGUUUUUUCUUUCGUUAAUCCAGUAACUUGGCGCCAAGGGACAGUCACCUUAGAAAAAGUGUUUUCCGCACUCUGCAUGCUAAAAGUGGAGGAUGCGUCGCAUGGAAGACUGAUAAAUUUUCUGCAAUAACUGGAAUAACCCUGAAUUGCAAUGGACUUCGUGAAGAUCUCACUGAUUUUGGUCUCGUGUUUUGUGUUCUCGGCCAAGGCCCAAACCACUCACACCAACAACUGGGCUGUUUUGGUGGACACUUCGAGGUUCUGGUUCAAUUACCGGCAUGUCGCCAACGUCCUAUCAAUCUAUCGAAGUGUCAAACGAUUAGGAAUUCCUGAUAGCCAAAUUAUCUUGAUGGUUGCGGAUGAUAUGGCCUGCAACCCGAGGAAUCCGAGGCCAGCUACAGUUUUCAACAACGCAAAUCAGCACAUAAAUGUGUACGGAGACGAUGUGGAGGUCGAUUAUAGAGGCUAUGAGGUAACCGUUGAGAAUUUUGUGCGUCUUCUGACGGGAAGACUGCCACCAGGGACGCCUCGGUCAAAGCAGUUGUUGACAGAUGAAGGUAGUAAUGUUCUAGUCUACCUCACUGGACACGGAGGAGAUGGAUUCCUCAAGUUCCAGGACUCUGAAGAGAUCACAAGCCAGGAGCUGGCCGAUGCUUUAGAACAGAUGUGGGAAAAGAGAAGGUAUCACGAAAUUUUCUUCAUGAUUGAUACAUGCCAAGCAGCUUCGAUGUACGAGAAAUUCUACUCGCCUAAUAUUCUGGCAGUAGCGAGUAGCUUGGUUGGAGAAGACUCACUAUCGCAUCAUGUUGAUCCAGCCAUUGGUGUCUACAUUAUCGAUCGCUACACUUAUUUUGCUCUCGACUUCUUGGAAAAAGUGGAACCCGAUAGCAAACAGUCAAUGGGAGAAUUUCUCAAAGUUUGCCCGAAGCAAGUCUGCAUUUCAACCGUAGGUGUUCGGAAAGACUUGUUCCCUAGAGACCCAUAUAAGACUCCCAUAACUGAUUUCUUCGGUGCCUUGAGACCAGUCGAAUUCACUUGGGCCGGCUUGAAUCUAACCUCAAAAACAACUAUUAAAGGAAAACCAAAGAAUUUGGAGAAAAAGGAAAAGGUUAAGCUGCAAUAUGUCCAGCAAUUCCCAUCACAUUUAUUUGAAACGUCAAAAUCAUAAACUGAAAAUCCUGUUAAAUUAUAAGUUGUAUGAGUGGAUGUGUUUAAUACAUUUAUGAGAGCAUUUUUACGGCACUUAAAAUAGUUCUUGCAUUUCAUUU